UUGUGCAUGUGUUGCCAUUCGACCCGAUGACCAAAUCCACACACGUUUUUUUUGGCUUUGUGCAAACAAUUAGGUGCAAUUCGGAGCAAACAGCAAUUGUAAAGUGCGCGGGACGUCCAAUCGUGCUAUUUUGUUAUCGUGAAUUGCAACGUUACAAAUAGGCGGCAGCUAGAAUUGCCGAAUCCGAAAAGAGAUGGCAACACUGCCGCACGCCGGCCAUGUUAUUGUGAUUUGUAAAAGGUGGAACGUAGACACGUGUUUAAUUCGUGCAGCUCUCUAACGUUGAGAAAGCCAAGAAAAACCCCAGCAAACAACAAAAAGACUAUUAAAACACGCGAGUGCAACAUAGAUUAUUAAAAAACACCCACAAACGGAGUGCAAAAUAAGUUACCCAAGCGGUUGCAAGAGAUCCUUCAAUAUUCAGCGAAAAUGGUAUCCGGUCGUCCUCUACUCUACCUGUCACUGCCCGGUGUAGCAUUUAUACUCGGCGUCUUUUGGUUUCGGCGUAGAAAUAAAAAUCGUUUAGACAAGCCCGAUGACGAGGACACAAACGGCAUCACCGGCAAGGACUCGUCGAUUGAGCCCGCCGUGCAGGCGCGCAAGGCCAACGGAGUCCUGCAGAAUGGUAAACUGCCGCAGCAGCCGGCCAGCAAGUCGAUGAACAUCAACGGAACCGUAAGCAAUGGCAGCGGAAACGGAAGUUUCAGUGGCAGCAACAGCGGAAGUGGCAGCGAUGAAAAGGACAGUCCAACAACCAUGUUGUACGGCAAGUCGGCACCCAUCAAAAUCCAGAGCAACGGACGCAGCUCGAACGGCAAACACCAGCAGCAGAUUGACUCCGAGAUGCUAAAGUCCAAGAUCCAGGAUGCCGAGCACAAGAAACUCUGCUCCAUAGACGAGGACUUCGAGAAUCUCUCCUCGCCUCGUGACUUGCCCGAUUCGGUGAACAACCGUGUGUCCUUUUACAAUCGCAAGGCCAGCCAAAAGACCGUGGAGCCGGUGGUGAUCAAGGCCACGCGUACACCAAAAAUAUCACCAGAGAACUCCUUCCUGGAGACCAACUACACCAGCAAGGAGUGCGAGCAGAACAACAACUGCGAGCCCAAGGAGGCGGCCAAGGAAGAGGUGGUGGUCAAGAAAGAGGUGGCCAAACAAGAGGCUUCUAGUGGUGUUGUGGCCAACAAGCAGGAGCAGCAGACGGUUCUCAAAGAGGAGGCGGUGGACAACAAUGGCAACCAGAAGCGCAAUGUGGAUGCGGCCAGUCCCUCGUUGAGCAUUUGCAGCGUUCAGUCGGGCGAUUCCGGCAAGGGAUCCAGCCUGCCCCGCUCGGAGGCGACCCGCGUGAAGGCCACCUACGAGUUCCUCUUCCCCAUCAGUCUGAUCGGACAUCUGUACGGCCGCAAGCGUACGUUCAUCAACCAGAUCAAGGCCAAGACCCUGGCCAGCGUGGCCCUCAGCAAGAACCCGUACUCGGGCAAGGUGCGCAUCUGCACCAUCGAGGGAACCGAGAGCGAAAUCGAUGCCGCAUUGGCCAUGAUCCGUCAGCGUUUGCCGGCCAAGCGGUAUCCCAACUUUACCAUGCAACGCAUCCACUAUGCGCUUCCGCAGACCAUAGUUCCUCUUUCGGCCGAGAGCCUCUACAAUCUACAACUGAAACUGAUCGAGGGCAUCAACAACGAUGUGGUGGUGAGCGCGGUGAUGUCCGGGUCGCACGUGUUCAUCCAGCACCCGCUGCACCCCUCGCACCCAUCGCUGCCCAUGCUGCAGAGGCAGCUGUACGAUACCUACUCCACCGAGGAGUCGCCGCUGCUGCCCAGCUUGGAGAUCAGUGCCGUGUGCGUGAUACCCAUCAAUGGGGUGUGGUAUCGCGUGCAGAUCGUCGACAAGGAUCCCGAGGACGAGGAGCGCUGCCUGGUCAAGUUCCUCGACUUUGGCGGCUACAUGAACGUCGGCUUCAGCACACUGCGCCAAAUUCGCACCGAUUUCAUGAGCGUGCCCUUCCAGGCCACCGAAUGCAUCCUGUCCAACAUUGAGCCCAUCGAUGAGACAUGGUCCAUCGAGGCGGGCGAAAUCCUCAACCAACUAACCAAAGGCAUUGUCUUGCAAGCACAAGUCGCCGGCUACAAUAGUCACAACAUACCAGAAAUCUAUUUAUUCGCUUCUCUAGGUCCCAAUAAUGUAAUCUUUAUCAAUAAGGAACUGGUCGCCAGAAACCUCGCAAAGUGGGUGGAGAUGCGUGACUAACAGCCUUCGUGAACAACUCAACUAGUAACCAAGAACUACAUGAAAACAAAAAGCAAACUUAAACAACAAUCACUCAAACCCAAAUCAAGCAACUUGGCAGUGCAACAAAGGAAUGCUUGAGUCUUGUGCAGCAGGCUCGAGAAAGGCCGAUAAAUUCGGUUACCCCGGAUUGCGGCUGGAUGCAGCUUUUACAGACCGCAAAUAGCACAUAGCGUAUAGCAACAGGCAGAUUCCAGAAGAACUGCCAAAAGCAGAGGCCCCCUAACAAGAACGUUCGUUAAGUUGUAAAAAAAGCGACUGAGCCUAAAGAGAGCGAGCCCCUCAAUCAUAAAAUAACAAACAACAUCCAAACUCAAGAAAAUACACACACGCAUAUAUGAAUAAGAGCACCUAACACCUCACUAACCCAAAAACACAUACAACAAUAAGGCAAACGUUUGUUUGUUGACUGCCCACGAUUGGAUACCAAACCGGGGGGGAAGAUCAAGAUCAGCUAGGUUACGAUUUUUGGCCACAUUCAUCAUGGCACCAACGGGCGGGCGGGCGUUAAUCCUACGGAUCGGCUAGAACUGUCGGGUUUGAGAAAGAACCGCUUAAGAUAUUACCAUACUCAGUUUAUAAGUAGGCAUUACUACCUAGUGUACAUAGUUUUUAUAAAUUUAACGAAAUGCAAAAACAAAAUACACUAAAUAAACUUAACUAAAAUAUCAAGCGUUCAUCAGAUAUAAAACUAAACAAAAAACGAAAAAAAAAGUCAAAUUACUCUUGGCAAAACCUGAUAAUUUUAAUUUUUUGUUGCUACUUUGCUGAGAUUUGUAAAUAUAAUAAUAGGCUUUCUAAAAACGGAUAAUAUCUGAACGAUAAUUUUUAUAUAUUUGCAUGCAUUAUAUAACGUUUGUUUAAUUUGUAUUCAUACUGAAACUACUCAAACCGCAAAGAGUACAAGAUUACUUCGAACAGCUGAAACUUAGAUGGAGAUGAUGGAAUUGGAAGAAAAAAAAGAAAAACAAAUCAACCCUUUGCCUCACCUCAAACACCCGCACUUAAGCCGCAGAAUGCCUAACAAACAAUGAAAAAACAUUUAAGAAACAGACAAAAUAACGUUACGAAUUCAAAAUAUCUAUAUAUGCGUGUGUGCCAUUGUUAGUCAACAAACAAACAUAAAGUAAAACAAACAAAAUAGAAAAAACCCAUUCAGUUAAAAGAAAUGGAUACUUGUUCCCAGACCCAUUGUAAAUAAAAUCCAUUUUGACAGACAGACAAAUGCAAAAAAGAAAAAAACAAAAAAAAAAACUAAUUGUUGCUACCAAAACUAGCCUACUGAAAAAAGGAGUGAAGACCUCAAAAUGCCUUUCUUUCAAAAUUCUUUUGUAUAUGCAAGAAGAACUCUCUUAAAACGAAACAAAAGCAAUGAAAAUUGUUGCAAACAAAAAUCGCUUACAGUUACCAAUUCUCUGGGUGUUUAUAGCUUAGCAGCAAUUUUAGGUAGAGUUGUUCUAAGUGCAGCACAACCACAACACCACACCAACACACCAAUAACACACUAACCUACACCAACCACUCAACCAUGUUAAACAUAUUUAUUUUGUUGAGAAGAAAAAGAGUUUUUAAUUUCAAAUGUAUUUCACAUUGAGAAUAGAUCGGCAGCAACGGAAACAAUAUAUAAACCAUAUAUAUAUAUAUAAAUAUAUAUUAGAUUUCUUUGGAAAUCGUAAUUCAGCUUAAUAGUCGUCGUCGUCAUUGUUCUCAUUGUCGUCAUCGUCAUAAAUAAAUAAUUUAGUUAAUAUAACGUACAAGUGAUGAUCCACACAUAUACAUUAUGUCAAAAUGAAAGACUUGGCGUGUUAUUCUUUUCUACGGUAGUUUACUAUUAUUAUUAUCGCUAUCAUUAAAUCAUUAUUAUUAUUAUUAUGAAACUUUUUUUUGCUGUUUGUUUUUAGAUCUUUCGUGUGUAAUUACUUUACCAUUAUUUGCUAAUUUAAAGUAAUUCAUUCUAAUCGUUAUCUUAAAACAUUAUUCACUUGAUUAACUAUUGGAGGGGCCAAGGAGGUUUUUGGCGAACGGGGGGAACCCGAAUCUCCCCCACUUCGCCCCCUCCCGCUGCCUUCCACACUGUAGUGCAAAUUCGUUUAAUGAAUCCUUGUUUUUAAUGUCGCCUUUUAAAAUUCUAUGAAGAGAAAACAAACUAUAUUUUAGUCUAUGGAAAACUACUUAUAUUAUUGGUUACUCUUAAAUGAAACAUUAUUCUUACGAAUAGGUCAAAGUCUUAUUAUUUCAAUUUGUAUUCGCCAGAGUUGUCAACGUUCUCGGUGUUCUAUCGAAUUCAUUGUAGAUUUGUCACUUGUACAAUUGUUGAUAAACUGAUUAACUGAUAACUGAUUAACUGACAUAGAGAUAAUGCAAACACAACAGACAUGAUGUAGAGCACAUAUUGAAACUAAUUUUAGUGGAUAGCGAGAGAGAAGAACCCUCCCCUAAAGAUCAUCGUAUGUGUGUGGUACUUCUAUUUUUUUUCUUAUCUAGUAAUGCUGAGAGACAAGAGUUACGAAUAAGAUUUAAUUUAUAGACGCAUUCAAGUGAGAAUAAUUUACAAAUCUAGUUAUUAACUAAAUAUAAUGCAAGUACAUUAAAAUAAAACAUUAUUGAAAAGGAA